GCGUUUGGUACUGUUGUGUCAUGUGUGGCCUUGGAAAUUCGCAGUCGUCGCCGGGUCGUCGUAGUGGUUGAUUGUGUUUGGUGUUGUGUGUGUGUGCGCGCAGGCCGCACUGGCGUUUCCUUUCCAAGCUAACCAUUUGCCAUAACAGUGUUUUACUUCGCUGGGACCGUUUUGUGCGUUACUCUUUUGAUUUGCAAUCACACAUCUCAUCCCUCUGAAGAUGGAUCCAGAGGCGUUCCUAGAUCUUGCGAAUCAAGUUACCAAGCUUAACCCGUUCCCGUAUUUCGACAUUGCACACUGUGCAAUCACCUGCUUCUAUGUCAGGGAAGACAUUGGAUCAGGGGCGCUGGCGUUCUCGCGGAAACACCCGCUGGCCACCUGGUUCUCCUCCAUGUUCUCCAUAUUCGCCGGCGGUCUGCUGGCCAACUUCCUGCUGGGCGAGCCGGUGCUGGGCGCCGUGAAGAACAACAACCAACUGCUGCUAGCCACGGCUGUCUGGUACGUGAUAUUUUAUUCUCCGUUUGACAUCGGUUACAAGGUCGUCAAGUUUCUUCCUUUCAAGGUCGUUCUCUCCGCUAUGAAAGAGGUGUACCGGUGUAAGAAGGUGCACGACGGCGUCACCCACGCGGCCAAGCUGUUCCCCACGGGCUACCUCAUCAUGGUGCUGGUCGGCACAGUCAAGGGCAACGGCAGCGGCUUCGUCAAGAUCAUGGAGCGCCUGUUCCGUGGCGUGUGGACCCCCACCGCUAUCGACAUCAUGGGACCCAGCUUCCCGACCAAAGCCUCGAUUGCGGCGGCCAUUAUAUUCGUGCUUGAUAAGAAGACGGACAUCAUCUCUGCCCCGCACGCGCUGGUCUACUUCGGAAUCACCAUCUUCUUCGUCUACUUCAAGCUGUCCUCGAUGCUGCUGGGCAUCCACGAUCCGUUCGUGCCGUUCGAGAACCUCUUCUGCGCCGUGUUCCUGGGCGGCGUCUGGGACUCCCUGCAGCGCGCCGUCUCCGGAGGAAAGGCGCCCGCCGGCGACCAGGCGCGAGCCGACGCCAAGCCGGAGGCCGCCAAAAAGAAGGACUGAGCCGGCUGAGAGCCGCCGGCCGCACUCGACAGCGGUGUUCUGUUGGUCACCAGCUUCUAGUUACAAUCUCUGUCGCUCUGAGAACGAUCAGAACACGUACAGCGGAAUCCACCCGGACUCCCGGCUCUCUGGCUGGACUCCGACCGGUGUGUGUGCUGGUGGCUGGCGGUAACUCGGCCGGUCGGAUGGGUGGACUCGUGGCUGACUGAGUCGACUCUCGGCCGGCCGCUGUCUCGAGUCUCAGCUGAUUGUCCGAACCAUCGACUGGCAGCUGUCCUGACACCGCGCCCCGUCCGACCGGUUCCCAUCCCUCUCUCUCUCUCCCUCCGGCUGUUUUUCUCAGUAAUGCUGCAGAACAGCAGCCAUUGGUGUGGGAACCCAAAUCGCAAGCAGUCAACGAAGACACUUUACGCAAUGACGAAAACAUUCAUAUGUCGCAAAUGCAACUGCAUGGGCUUUUACCAGUCGACAAGUCUGGCAUAAGAAUGCCAGGUAAAUGCGUUUUUAACAAUGCCCUGUUUCGAUGUAUGACAUGUUUUCGUUGUUGCGUAAUUUGCUUUUGGUCUUUUUACACCAGCCCCUUCUCCAUGCGUCCUAGCCGCCGUCCUUGCCAUCCCUCGCGCUUAGUCCCUCCCGCUCCCCCACGCCGACUUUGGUGAUCAUUUUUAGACUGAUAAUCUGUCCCACCCCUCCGCAUUGUUAAGUUUUAUGGCAUGAAGGUGUGAUUUUACGGCUCCUGUGAUUUGUGGUGUUUUAUGAACAUUGGGUGAUCCAAUUUGACGUGACGAUGUAACGAUCAAGAGCUUCGAACGAGCUUGGCCGUCGCCUUGCCAUCCUCGUGUGUUUGAUUCUGGCUGACUCGGUCCGAGAUUAUCUGUGUGGUGUUCAGGUUCCCCGUGUGUUUUGUCUGCUUCGUGUAUGCAACCCGACCGUUUGUACUGAAAGACAAGAGGAGCACGGCCCCGUCCCGUCGCUCUGACUCAGCCUUGUGGCGUCCUCUGUCUCGUCCCGCCCCGCUCAGGAACGGUGUAGAUGUCGCCAUCGUUCUGUGCGCCUGAGUGCAAUAGAUGCUCUGACGGGUCA